AUGAUUAAGGGUGAUUCCGAACUGACAUUUCAGAUUGGGAACAUUUCGGUCACUCUCAGGGGUCCCCCUCGGGAUUGUGUCAACCUUCAAGAGCACAUUGCUCGGUACACUGCCCCUUCCUCGCCUGCUGCUCCUUCUCGGGCUUCUUCCGGCUACUUGCUGGUGGACCCUCCGGCUACUGAAGAGCCGGUUUCUUCCUCGUCCCAGCCGCCGUUGCUGGCUGAAACUAGAGGAGACGUCCUCGCCAGCUUCCCUCCGCUGCCUGCGAGGUGGUCCUCCCUUGCGCAUCAGCUGCAAAGCGCGCAGAGCUCAGGGAUUGAAAGGCUCCGGCGUGCUUGGAUUGCUGGCCAGUGGGCUGCUGCUGCUCUUUCUGAUCGGGUGGUUACUCCUGCUCACACCCCCCUCCUCAAGCUCUCCUCGCGGUACUACAUUGUGCUGCGUGCCCCGGGGUUGGACUCGCCCGCUUUGGUGGAGACCUCGCGAGCCUACUUCGACAUUGUGGGGCGGCCCUUUGCUCGGUCUACCAUCUCCCACGGGUUCCCUUCCUUGCUGGAGGUGCGUGUCUACUGCGACGCCGCUGGCUUCGCAGUCCCACAGGAGGAAGGUGGACCCCUGGUCCUGGAAGCGUGUGCCGUGUGUCUCCUGAAGAGACAGAACCCCAGCAAAGGCCUCCUGAUUGCAGUGCCCUCCCACUUCUUCGACGAAAGCCUCCUUCAGGCAGCCCAAUCGAGUCCUCCUACCGAAGUGCUGGGGCCCUCAGAAGUUUUCGACUGCGCUGCUGCCAUCAUUGCGGAAGGGCAGCUUGUGGAGCACAGUGCCAGAUUGUCGGUUAUGAUAGACUGCAGCGAGGAGCUAUGCGCCAGCCUAAAAAUUGCGAGGAUGCCACUUCCGGAGGGGGUCGAGCCCUUCGACCAAGAGGACCCUUCAUUGGUUCCUUAUGUGCCGAGCCUGCUGCCUCAGGUCGACCCUUGGCUUCGAAACUUGGACCGUGUGGCGUUUUACUCCCUCGACGAAGAGGGGCCCGUGCCCGGGCCGAAGCAAGGUGCAAAAUCGAGGGCAAAGGCAAAGCAGACCCCUGCCCAGCGAAAAAUGCUGCUUUGUCAGUGCUCCCGGCCCUCAACUCUCGGCUGGACGAGCUUACAGCCGCUUGGAGGCAGGAGGGGUUUCGUUGACUACGGGCGUGCGAGCUCCUUUGCAUGCCCAGCUGGGGCUGCCAGCCGAAGGCACGCCGGGGCAGCCGGCAUCGUCGAAGCAGGUGGCGGGGGCUCCCCCAAAGAGAGGGCGGAGGAGCUCGAUCCUCAGGCCACCGGGGCUUCUGCAGGCGCGCGUGGUUCCUUAGGCAGGGCGAAGCUGCAGGCCGAGUUGGCUUUGAAAAAUGGGGGCCGCCCUCCUUUCUACACAAAGGUCCUGCAGGCGGCGGCCCGCCGAAUGGAUCCGACCCAAGCAGAGCCAAGCGAGCUGAGGGAGAGGGCAAAAUACAUAGAGCGCCAGGUGCGAAACAUUGCCCUGGUGCAGUGGCAAGUCUGUACUGCCCUGGAUUUGGCCAUGUCUGGGCAGAUGGAUGGAUGCCUGGAUGUCCUAGCCCUCCUUUGCGUGUGCUUGGAGCAGUGUGCGCUAGAUGGCGGGAACAUGGAUAUAGGAUACCUCCUCAGCUCCAAGAGGACCCCGGUGCCGGGCCUCACCCCUGGUGUUGGUAGGCCCCAUGACCCUAGCGAGCAAGCCUCCUACGGCAGUGUGCGGCCGAUCUUGCUGUUGGACCCAGCGCUCCCUUACUCGGAGAAGGGGUUUUCUUCAGAAACAGCCGGAGGCGAAAUUGUCGGUUUUCCCUCCGAAAAGGACAAUUCGGCGCCGUACAGAACUUUAGAGGCUGCCUCGGUCUCCUCCGGAGACCCACCGACUGCAUCGAUGCACCACGAGCAAUGCAAACAGCUGUUGCAUGACGACGUCCUCAACUUCGAUGGCGUCUUGCCUUUUACGAAUUUCUUGGCCAGCUUGCCUAGGCGCAUCCUAGCCUGUAAUACCAAGUUUUCUCGCUUCCUUGCGAGCACUCUUCACCUGCAAAGGAACGGUGAGUCCGUGUCCGCUCCCGCGCUUUUUCCGCUCCCAGUGCCCUAUCCGGGCGUCUUCGAUGGGAGUGGCCCGAAGAUGGCACAGGGACGUUUCAAGAGCCUCGUGCUCAAGAGAGGGGUGCAUGUUCUAACGAUGUGCCUCAACUACGUCUUCUGCGGAAGGAAUUGGAUUCCCUCUGCCGAGCUUCGGAGGCCGCCGUCUUCUUCCCAGGAAGCGAUCUUCGAUCGCAUCCAGCGGCUUCUUCGCGCGUGUGGCUCUCUCGCCCCCCAGAUUCCUAUGUGUCCUGGGCGACGAAGCCAUGAAUUGACUGCAUGCCUUCGGAACUUGGCCGCCUAUGCCGGCCGACACACACCGUCACCUGGCGCAGGUUAUGAUGCUGCAGGGAACCACGGAGUUGCCGAGCCCGUCGACCCGGACCGACCCGAGCUCCGUCCCUACUCUAGCCUGUGCGCGGCUCGCUUGAAGAUUUCCGGUACUGGGCACUUUUGGCCGGUACCCUACCUUCAGCCUUCUCUCGUGAUGCCUUUUCUUGAACCGCGGGUGUUACGCUUCACCGAGGAUGAGCCUACGAGCCCUCACCCAGCCACUUGCACCGAUUCUGCUCAUGAGCUCCCGGAGCUUUACGCAAGGUGGAACCAGCUUGGCCUUUUGGGCUUUACAAAGGAUCGGGUGAAGGCGUGGCAAAAGGUCAGGGUCUUCAACGCAAGAAAGAAUGAGAAGCAGGAUAGACAGAUAGGCGACCGACGGUCGCUUAACGGCAUUGAGCGAUGCCUCGAAGGGCCAUCUCGAGAGCUCCCGCCUGGAGCCCUGAUGUGCAACAUCCUGCUGCGGCCAAAGUCCCUCCUGUGCGCACCGUCGGCCUUCAGGCUCGCCGCGCUCACGUCGCUGGCGAGUGCCAGUGCCAACGUGUGGCAGGAUAACAGCCCCCUUAGUGGGACCUUUGCUCCAGACUUGGUGAAUGCGGAUGCUGCCGAGGGCCCCUGCCAAGGUGCCAGCUCCCAGGCCGAGCUUGACACCGAUGCCCUUGAGAAAGACGCAGCCUUGAUCAACUUAGCUGGUCCAGAAAGCUUGUGGUGGAACCAGGUCCGCGAUUCCGAGCCGCAUGUAGUGUUGCAGCCAGCGUCGGACCCUUUGGAAGGCCAUGCAGUUGAUUUUGAAGCUACCUUCAGGAGUGCAUGUCAAGUGCCCCUCGCAUCCAGUGACCUGGAGGCCUUCGCUCAACCGUGGGAUGAGGGUGUUUUCGGGGUGAUCUUUGGGGGUAAAGAUUUUCUUGAUUUGCCUGUGAAGAAAGCCGCGCGGAUCUUCAUUGAGGGUGAGGCCGGGAUCCCUGCAGGGGAUUCCGAGGCUGCAGCAAAGAGGGCGCGAAGGACUUCGAAAGAUGUGUCGUUCAGCAAGGUGGUCAAAGCCAGGGCGAUCGUUGAUUGGAAGCAACAGCGUAGUGAGCAAUUAGCGAUUGGCUUGGAGAUGUGGCUGUGCAUGGUUCUUCAGUGGGGACCUUGCCUGCUGGUUUCCCAGUUGGAUGCUUGCUCAUCCAGGGCUGACCAGAUUGAGGUUCUUGGGGACAUCAUGAAGGGCAAGGCUCCGUCUACUGUUCUAAAGCGUGCUAGGAGCUUGACUUUGCUACAUGACUUCAUCAUGGAGAAGAGUGUAACGUUUCCAUGUGCCGAAUCGCAUGUGUAUGACUUCUUGAAAACUCUUGAAAGAGAUGGCGCGCCACCGAGUCGUUUGUCGUCUGUGAUGGAGGCCAUCAACUUCACUCUGCAUGUGGUCGGAGUGUCAGAGCUCGAGGUUGUGAGUAGCAGUCGACGGUGCAAAGGGAUUUGCACUUCGGAAUUCUUCAAGGAGCCAAAGCAAGCAUCACCCUUGACUGUGCAUCAGUUGCAAACGCUACAUGAUGUUCUGGAGUCCCAUCCAGACCCGUGGUGCAGAGCCUUCGCAGGCGCAGCGUUGGUGUGUGCGUACAGCAGAUGCCGGUGGAGUGAUGUCCAGCACACAGAGACCGUCAUGUGGGACAUAGGUUUCGAAGCUGACCUUUGUUACAUCGAAUUGCGUAUCGGUGUGCACAAGACUUGCAGGCUUCAGAGUAAGCGCCAUAAAUUCUUGCAUGCGGUGGCACCUUCGCUUGGGCUCAGGCCAUACGGAGAACUCUGGAGGGCGUGCAGAGUGGACCUUGGGAUCACCGAUUCAGGUAAGUGUCCAUUUAUGCCGGCACCGGAUGCUCAGGGAAAACCAACGGUCAGAGCCCUAGACACCGAUGAGGCUACAGCUUGGCUCAGGUUGUUGUUGCAAGUUGAGGACGGUGAUACUCGCAUUGCUUCGAAAUCCAUGAAGGCAACCAUGAUUUCUUGGGCGGCAAAGCGGGGUGUUGAUCCUCUAACCCUCCAGAGGCUUGGGUAUCACGCUGCAGGUGGAAUGGACCUGGUGUACAGUCGUGAUGCUCAAGCCCCACUGUUGCUAGUUGUCGAGCGCCUUCUGAAGGAAGUCAGGGAUGGCUCAUUUCGGCCUGAUGACACCAGGAGUGGACGCUUGGUCACGGAAAGAGCUCAGCCUUUGGUUAGCAGCUUUGUUCCUGAAGUCGGUGGGAUAGGUGGGCCCAGCGUGCUCCCGCAAGCCUCUGAUGUCUCCAGGGGACAGGAGUGCAAAUCUGAGCUUGGCGAAGAGUGUUCAGCUGGUGAGCCAAUCGUCGUGGACAGUGAGUCCGAACCGGGUGACUCCCCAGGAGAAUCCUCGGAUGAAUCUGAUGAGGACGAUGGGCAACCGAUUGCAUUGGUUGCUCAGGGCCUUGUGGUUCCGGCUGCUUUCCUGCAAAGGUGUUCCGAGGUCAGCUCAGAUGGGUCGCUGCACGCGGCUUUGGUUGCCCAGGGCAUUCGCAAUUUUCGUCAGCUUGCUUUUGCCAUAGGCACCCCCAGAGUAGAGCCGUCGGCUCAGCAGUACUCCGACUUGGCAACACAGGUCUUUGGUGCGAGUCCGGCACUGGGAAAGAUUGCUAUCCUGAGGGAUCUUCACUUUGAAGCCACGACAUAUGUCAUUCAAGUGUUCAAGGAGCAGGCAUCUUCAGACACCGCGGAUGUGCAGAUCAAGCGCUUACCGCUGCCGGAGCGAACAGCUCGUGCCCUUGACCAGCAGCGUAGGCUGAGUGGAGUCGCCAUCACUGGUGAGCUUCAGCCGUCUUACAACCUAGUUGACAAGUGCAAUACCAUGCUGGAGUCUGGGGCUUUAGUGUGGUUGCCGCCCUCGGUUUGCAGUAAGAGGGAUGCUGAGGUUGCGAUCGGAAUCACGGAAAAGUCUCCUGUCGUUCAUCUUGAGAAAGAUGCGUUGAAGUUGACAGCGCCUCAGCCUAAAAUCCCAGUGGACUUGUCCAGUCCGCUCAACCUUAUGUGGGCUUGGCAAAGACGUGGAAUUGCUAUGGACCAGUGCGGAUUGCUGUCGUGGGCAGUUCAUGAACAGUAUGUGCAACGCCUGUUGAAUCUGCUGACCGCUCCGGUCCCGAGUCAUUGCUCUCCUGUGCGCACUGAACAGCUUAUCAGGGCUGACAAAGAAGUGUGGACAUUGCUUGCAAGAGAGGUACAGCCACCUUACAAGUCGUUGCCUACCGGGAUUAAGCCAUUAGAUGCCCCUUUUACGAGUAUGAUGUUUGAUCAGCGGAUUCAGGUUUGGCUCACGCCAGUCGCAAGCACUAAUGUCUCAUCUGCUUCAGGUGCAGGUGCAGUGCCCGAGGUGCCAGAUCUUCCUACGCCACAUGGUCCGCAGAAAACCCCGACAAAGAAGAAGAUUCGUAAGAAGGCGCGGGCUCUCAUGCCAGAGUCCUUUAAGAAAUGCCCAAGGUUUUCUAAGGGACCCGUGUGUUGGGCGCAUAAUGGUGAAGGCACAGGCGAUGCUUCUUCCGAUCCAGGUGAACAACCUGCGGUGAAGAAUCCUCGUGUUGAUACUGGAGGCGGCUCGGAUUCGCUUGGAGCUCCAGCUCGCCCCACUGCCACAGAAGCAGAGCAUCUUAGUGACUUGAUCGAAUCUCUGAGUCAGAAAACUCUGUGCAGUGAUGACAUCUUGAGGUUGUUUGAUGCUUUGCCCAAAUCCCCUUCGCCUCGUCAGUCGGACGGGAAGGGUCAAUCCUUUGCUGCCGGGAGUUUUGUACACGGUGGAGCUGUCGGUCUACAUUCUAAUACUAUGGCCUAUGCAGGUGCCGUGAGAUUGAUUUGCAAUUUUCUGAGUGCGCACAUGAAAGGGGCGCCUUUUACUUCAUUCAUUUUCUUGGAUCAAUGCCAGAGUAGUCUGCAUGUUGACGCGAACAACGAGCCCCAGAGCUGGAACAUCAUUGUGCCGAUCAGUUCUUUCCAAGGUGGGGGCGUUUGGUACCAGGCAGAAGAUGGUGAUGUCGUGUGUCCUCAUGACUCGCGCUUGAAGGGCAAAAUUCUCCCUGUUGACAAAGGCCCGCAAUGGCUUUCAGCCACCCGUGACAAGCAUUGCACUUUGUCUUGGUCGGGCAGGCGAUGUGUCCUUGUCGGGUACAACACCCGGUUCGCUGAUCAUUUAAAGUCCCACGAAAUUUGUGCUCUGAAGGAUUUGGGGUUUUCUUUGAGUCCUGCGGUCUCGACAGGGGAACCCAUGCAAAUACCUCCGUCGUUGCAUGUGCAGGAUAUGCUUGUGAUCGAACUGUGCUGCGGCCCUGCCGCUAUCAGCCAUGCGUGUGGAAAGAUCGGCUUCCAAACUUUGGCACUCGAUCGCAAACCUGCUUCUUCAUCUGUGAGAGUCUUGUCUUUCGACCUUUUGUGUGCAGACAGCGUCGCUGGCCUCACCACCAUGCUCAAACAUGAGGCUUCCCGAGUGGCAAUGGUCUGGGCCCGUGUGCCCCACAGCACCUCUACACCAGCUCGUGAAAGACCUCUUCCACAGUUGAGAGGGAGUCAGUUGCGCGAGCCCAAGCCGUUACGGACUUCGGCACAUCCGGAUGGUGUCCCCGGGCUUUGUGGGGCAGACAAACGCAAGCUUGAAACCGCCAAUCUGGUUUUUGAGUCGGUCUGCCUUGUGCUGCGUGCAGCCUGCCUUUCAGGCGUUCGCUGUGUUAUUGAGAAUCCUCAGAAUUCGCUCUUUUGGCAGACCUCCUUCUUUCGUGCCCUUCAGGCUCUGAGCCCUCAGUCAUGUUGGGUUCCCUUCCACAUGUGUGCUCAUGGCGGAGAUCGACCUAAACCGUGCAAGCUAUGGACUUCUUCGCACUUCCUUGAUGCCUUGCAACUUACAUGCCCAGGUGAGUCCGAGCACCAUGUGCAUACGUCCUGGAAACCUGUCUCCAAGAACGGGCGUUUUAGUCAAGCCAUCAGCGUGUAUCCCAGUCUCUUUUGCCAGCGUGUAGCUGGCUUGCUGAGGGAUUCUGUUGUCAAGGAGGGCGCGUCUGAAGCUACCUCUUUGAGUGAGCAGCAAAUUCACACGCCGCCUGUUGCUCGUGUUCCCCUUGGCCUCCAGCCUACGCGGUCACCGGGUGUGCUGCCCGAGUUUGGUUACUACGUUCAUGUCAUCGAUUAUGUUCAAAACUCGGAACCAACUGCAGUGGCGCCGCCAAAAGGGCAUUUUAUUUCUCGGCAUUUGUCCACUUGGGGCGAUGUGCAGGCCGAGAAACGAGUAGCUGCUGUAGGCUUGCACUGUAGGGUUUCCGACCCGCAACCUGGAACCAGGGUGGAGGUUUUCAGGUUUGGCAUCCCCCUUGCUCCGGAUAAGUUUGUGCAAAGGGCCGUAAGUGCUGGACACCCAAGAGACUUCGUUGACAGUCUCGAACCGGCCUUGAAAUCCGUGGUCAAAGAGAACCUUCUAGGUGAUGAAUUUUCUUUGGCUAAGCACCGUUUAAAAUUCAUAGCUCGCUGGUCUGCGCGAGCGAAGGAACUUCAAGGCCGUGAGGAUGCACUUCACGCAGCGCUUCCUCCUCACAUCCGUCAGACCUUGAAAGGCAAACGGCUCCUCUUGUGGCAGGAAUUGAUUCUUGCGUAUGGUCUUCCGGAUACCAGCCUCAUCGAGGAUAUGCAAAAGGGUUUUUCUUUAAGUGGCUGGCUGCCUGCAAGCCAGGCUUUCCCCACGCAGAUUAAGCGACCCGAGUUUUCCCUUGAAACGUUGAAACUUCUGUCAGGUAGUCUGAACAAAGCCGUGCUUGAAAAAAUGGCGGUGCGACAAGAGCCUUUGCUUGAGCAUGCCACUUGGCAGGCUACGUUGGACGAACUUCAGAGUGGUUGGAUCUGGGAAGCGCCUAAGUUUGAGGGGGAUUUUAAGGUUUACGCCCGUAGGUUUGGCAUAGUGCAAGGGGACAAAACGCGCGUGAUUGAUGACUGUAGUUGUUGCGGUCUCAAUGCAACCGUGGGGACGGUUGAAAAAUUCGUAGUCCACGCGAUUGAUAGGAUGGCUGCCAUGCUGUCUUACGCAAUUGACAUCUCGACGGAGGGAGGAGCUCCGCUUUGCGGCCGAACGUAUGAUCUCAAGUCUGCAUACAAACAAUUCCCUGUGUCCUGUGCAGACCGUGACAUCUUGAGAAUGUUCGUCAACCGACCAGGCCAAGCCGAGCCGUCGUCAGUGGGCCUGAACGCACUCCCGUUCGGUGCAAUAGGCUCAGUUGCCGCUUUCUUGAGAAUAAGUAUGUCGGUUUGGAUGUUGGGGGUGCUUGCACUUAGGGUAAUCUGGACGGCUUUCUUUGACGACUACAGCGUAGUCUCGAAGGAGAGCCUGAAGCAGAAUACUGCCUUCGCUGUGCAAUCCCUGUUCAACCUUUUAGGCCUUGACUACGCCAAGGAAGGGAAGAAGGCGCCUGAGUUUUCUGGGGUGUUCCAGAUGCUAGGUUUAGUGGUUGAUCUUAGUCAGUUCGAAAGUCGUCUGGUUAAGAUUGGCCACACAGACAAACGCAUUGCUGAGCUGACGCGCUCUUUGGAUGGAAUCCUUGAAGAAGACAGACUCAGCGCGAAGGAGGCUGAACGGUUACGAGGGCGCAUGAACUUCUUUGAAGGCCAUGCUUUUGGGAGAGGGCCGACUCAGGCGGUCAGGAAUUUGGAUCGCCAGGCACGGGUUGGUCUCUUGAAGCAAGGCUUGACAGGAGAUGCCAAGACAUCUCUUGGUGUUCUUCGCAGCCGCCUGUUGUCCGCUCGGCCCCUUGAGAUUAGCCCAAAGUUCAGCAAGACUUGGUAUCUCUUUACGGACGGAGCCUUUGAGAAUGGAAAAGGCAGUGUCGGAGCAAUCUUCUACGACCAGUCAGGAGUUGCUCGUGGUGCCUUUGGCAGUCGCGCUCCCGAUGCCUUCAUGCAUCGUGCACUUGAGUACUCUCGCAAUCCUAUUUAUGAACUUGAGCUUGUGCCGGUUCUGUUAGCUUUUAGGGUUUGGCAGAAGGUCUUCAAGUGUGGCCAACUUGUGGUGUACGUGGACAAUGAAGCGGCGAAAGCAGCGUUGAUCCGUGCUUGUGCAUCUACGCCAGUUGCAGAGUUGGUUACCGAGAGUGUGCGAUUACUUGAAGAAUCGCUCCAACUCAGGUGCUGGUAUUCUCGAGUGCCUUCAUUGAGCAACCCUGCCGAUGCACCAAGUCGGCUCUGCUUUGAUGGCAUUGAUCCUUCAAUCAUCGUGAAAGCUGCGUCCUUGCAGUGGGAUGUGUUGUCCAGUGUUGGCCGAGUGGGGUGA